GCGAGUCUGCUACUUGGAAGCUGGGCAAUUUAUCGACCUGGGAUUGAACAUUAUGACAUGGAAGAUAUCCCGACUGCGCUUUGCACUCACCUCAUCUAUUCCUUCUGUAGUGUCCAAUGUCUCCUGGGGAUUUUUCGUUCUCGAUCCGGAAGUACACCUUCAACAUUUUAAAAUCAAACCAUCUUGUUUCGUCACGGUUGUUCGAUGGAAGAGGGAUCUUGAUGAGGAAGGAGGCUAUAGGAAACUGGUGAGAUUGCUUGAAGUGAUAGGACCAGACCUGAAGGUGACGCUGGCCGUUAGUUGGUGGGGUGAAGGGAGAAGGAUGUACUUGCCGUUGGCGAUGGGCCCUGCAAGGAGGGAAUCGUUCGUCCGAUCUGUUGUCGAGUACCCGAACAAGCAUGAUUUCGACAGAUUCGACCUGGACUGGGAAUACCCAGGAGCAGCAGAUGGAAGCGAAAGUUGCGUGGACGAGGACAACUUUCUCUAUUUCUGUCAGGAGUCGUCAGAGGCAUUUGCAGCGGUUGGAAAACGCUGGGAACUCACGGCUGCCGUCCUUGUUGACUUGAUAUACGAGUAUAUCAUUUCCACUAGAGCUUUUCGAGUUCGUCUCUUCCUGUUCGUGACAUCACUCAUGGGAAAUGUUUUCCCCAAGUUUACAUCCAGUAUU